AAUAAAAGUAGUAAAAAUCUUACACAUGAGGCUCAAUUUGGUCAUUUCUCUUUGCAUGAUCGUACUCGUACGACAACCAGAAAUGAGGGUUUUGUGAGGAUUCAUCCUUCUUCCUACCAUGAUCCCACAAGAAAUCCUUGUGCUAUGCUUUUGCUUACAGAUAUUCCCACGCAUCAUCUUCGUGUUGUUCGCUUUCAUCGAGCAAUUUAGUCUUGCAUUCAAGAUAUUUUCCAGCUUUUGAGCAUCCAUGGACGAUAUUUCGGUUUUACGUACGCACGUCAAAUUCGAGUUUCUCAUGCCCGAAUUCCAUUUACUCAUCCUCUAUUUCCAUCAAAUCUUCAUUUCUUACUAGAGAUUGCAUACGGGUUCACCUCAUUUUUCCCCAACAAAAAGCGUAUAAUUCUUCUUCAUUUUUCUUUUGUUUUUUCCCCAAUCAUGAGCAUGAACCAUUUCAAUGAUACUCAAGUUUCUAACCCAGCUGAUUUUGGCGGCAAAAAUACAUUUGAUAACUGUCCACAGCCAAGAAUUGCCAACCACCAAUCUUCUUCCAUUCACUCUAAUUUUGAUUUCAAGAAACCAAGAUUUUCUGAGAGGAAUCCCAACCCAAGAAUACCCUUAUCAGUGAACAGGUCAAAACUCUCCGUUCCUUACAAGUCCGAGUUAUGUUUGCUAUUCCAGAGGGGGAAAUGUUAUUAUGGUGCAAAUUGUCACUUUUCCCACAGCAUAAGCGACAUUAGAAAUCCAGGGCUAAACACUCUCGCUAUGGAGGGCCAUCUGAAUGAAGAUAGUAAGAGAAAUACUGUGCGCAAAAUGAAGGAGUGUCAUUGGUUUGCCAGUGGAAAAGACUGCCCUUAUGGGGACAAAUGCCAAUAUCUUCAUAAAUGUGAUCAAAAGGUUAGGAGGGAUGUGGGUUUUUAUAGACAGAGUUCUGCUGUGAAUGGAGGGAAAGAUAGAAGUGGAAAUGAUCAGAUUGAAUGCCACAGUUUUAGUGCUGGUGAAGACUAUGAUAAGUCUGUCUUUUGCAAGACAAAGCUCUGUAUGAAGUGGGAGAGGUUUGGGAGCUGUCCUUAUGGGGUGAAAUGUACCUAUGCCCAUGGAAAAGCAGAACUUCAAGAACUCGGUUCCCUAACUGAGCUGGAAAAUAGCUAUACUUCCAGGUUGAAGCUACCCAAUUCUGCAGCAUCUUGUGAAAUGGGAAGAAAGAUUGCUAAGAAGCUGCAAGGCAAAAGGUGUUUCAUGGAUGGUGACAUUAAGAAGAUUAGUGAAGUAUAUGCUGAUUGGAUGGAGGAUAGGCAAAAUUUCCAUAUUCCGUCGAGCAAAAUCGGGAGCUAGAUACAAGCCUGUGUGUCCCCUUUUUAAAUCUGUGGUUCUGAAAGAUCGAAGGGCACAGUGUGAAUGUCUAAAGUUUACCCGUAGGCAAUCAAUUAGCUAGUUACUAGUCGAGUAAAACAGUUGUGGCAAAGAAGUCUACGGAAGCCUUUUGCCUCCAGGUUUUCUUGCUUUUGUAAUUGUGAACACAGUUCAUGUGUAGCAUGGCUUACAAUGGAAUACAUACUUUUGACAAUGUGUUCCCAUUAACUACAGAAAGCCAACUUUCCCUGUGA